AUGGUGGGUAGUCAUAUGCAAGCUGGUAGUGAAGAUCAUGAAAGAGUGAAGCUAAUCGGUAUCCUGUGUGCUUCACCUGGUUUGCAACAAGAUAAUCUACAGAAAUCACAAUUAGAUCGUCUGAGAAUUUCAAAAGACAUCGAGAUAGAGCAACGUGCUAAAAUCUCCCAGUUAGUUAAGACACCAAACCAUCCAACGGGUUCCAAUGAUGCCUGCUUUCCGAUAACCAAAAGGAACAGUACAGCAUUUAGUACUGCAGCGUCAUUAAAGAGAAGGAAAUUACCUUCUGCUCUAAAUUUAUCUUCCAGCAGCAGUUUUGAAUUCAAUUCUCCUGUAGAUGAGAAGGUACCCUCUGACUCUCCUUUUUACCCGUCCACAGGCGUAAGAAGUAAGAAGAAGAUACCUCCUCAAAAGACUACUAGAUUCUCAAGAGUUGUCCAUACAAAUAACCUUUUUGUUACGACGCCAGAGACUUCUUGCAGACGUAGUCCUCCAUCUGGCCCAAGAUACCCACGACAAAUUCCUCAGAGGAAUAUAUAUUACCCUUACUACUCUACCAUCAGCCCUAUUCGUCAACCUAUUCCUACCCCAAUACCCUCCUCCACUGUGCUACCGAGCUUUAAUCCCUGGACAAUGCCCAUGGCUUCGCAUUAUCUUCCAUAUUACCUUCACAAUGUUGAUACCCCAUUUACUACUAGUGCCAUCAACAUCCAUAAAAAUAACGGAAAUAAAAGGAAGUUUGCUGUGAUGGAAGGUGAAAUUAAAAUAAUGGAUCAUGUAUUUAGUUUUGAUUUUUCAUUAAACAAGGGCCCUGAUAAGGAAAAUAUCGACAAGAAGCUUUUUAUGAGCAUUUGUGACAAAAUUUGGGAAGACUCUAAAUUAUUAUAG